AUGGAGCCUAAUCACGACGGCAGGAGUAAGAUGGACGAGUCCGAACAGGUCGAGAACGCCAAGCACAAUCUGACAUACGAUGGGCAACUUGUAAUGCCGGUGAACUUGGCUGCUCUCAGCGAUGACGAAUACAAGAAGCUCGGAAGAAAGGCAACCUUGAAGAUGGACCUGGUCAUCAUGCCCAUAUUGGUGAUCAUGUACAUUCUCAACUACCUUGACCGACAAAAUAUCGCAUCGGCCAAACUCGCCAAUAUCGAAGGGGACCUGGGCUUGAGUGAUGUGCAAUAUCAGACAGUAGUGAGCAUCCUCUUUGUGGGAUACAUUCUUAUGCAGAUUCCUUCCAAUAUGGUGGUCGGUAAGAUCAAGUGGCCAGGUGCUUAUAUCUGCUGCGGAAUGGCGGCUUGGGGUGUCAUCUCGGCUCUCAUGUCUGUGGUACACAACUAUGGUGGGCUUCUGUGCGCCCGUAUCUUCCUUGGUGUGGUUGAAGCUAUCUUCUUCCCUGGAGCAUUAUACUUCCUGUCUUCCUUCUACAACCGAAAGCAGUAUGCCUUCCGUACCGCUAUCCUCUACUCCGGCUCGCAGCUAGGUAACGCCUUUGGUGGCCUAUUUGCUAUCGGUAUCUUGAAGUUAGACGGCAGAAAUGGCCUUGAGGGCUGGCGUUGGUUAUUCCUUGUCGAAGGUGUCAUAACCGUUGGCCUAGCGAUCACUUUUGCCUUCAUCUUGCCUAACUCGAACGAAAAGAUCCUCACCCUUUCUCCCAUCGAGUGCGAGUGGGUGCGAUGGAAUCACGCUCAGGACCUAGGCCAACGAGAUAACUCGAAUGAGGUCACUGCAACAAGGGGCUUCAUCAUGGCGGUUUGCGAUCCCAAGACAUGGCUGCUAAUGGGCAUGCUUUACUGCACAUACAUUGUCGGUGCCGUCGUCAAUUUCUUCCCCUCGGUUGUUGGUGGCUUGGGCUACUCCCGCAAUACAACACUGGCCCUUACAGCUCCUCCUUUCGUUCUGUGUGUCAUCUGCAUGCUCAUCAACGGUUUCCACUCGGACCGCAAGCAGGAGCGUUUCCUGCACAUUGCCCUGCCACUUCUUGUCACGCUUGCUGCGAACAUCAUCGCGGUCUCAACUCUUCAUAUCGCCGCCCGAUACGUCGCCAUGAUGCUGCUCCCCGCAUCUUUCUACUCGGCCGCUACAAUCAUCAUCUCGUGGAUCACUGGAAGCUUGUCGCAGCCGUCUGUCAAGCGUGCUAGUGCCAUUGCUCUUGUCAAUGCCGUCUGCAACACGCCAAACAUCUGGGGCAGCUAUCUGUACUACAGCUCUCCGCGCUAUCUCACCGCCUUCAUCGUGAACGUCGCUGCGACAGGCAUGGCGAUUGCCUUCGCUGUGGUUUACCGCAUCUACUUGGGUCGCCAGAACAAGAAGCUGGAGCGAGGCGAGGAUAUGGGUAAGAGCGGCCCGACCAAUGCUCAGAUCGUGGCUGGAUUUCGGUACACUCUGUAA